CAGUCCAAUACUAUAAUUUGCAAGACACCAAAUAAUACCUCUUCUGCAGUAUAAGCUAAAGUUGCUCUCAAGCCUCUAUAAAUAGGGCCUUGGGGUUGGGAAGCCUAGCAUAACAAAUUGAGAGUUGUCUGAAAAAUGUCUUUUGAAGGAGAGUGUAAUGUUUUGCGUCCAGUGGUAGAUUUCUCUGAAAACAUAUGGAAAGAUCAAUUCCCUUCCCUUCCCUCAAGUGACUCGGUAUUUGAUUCAUUAACGAAAGAAAUAAUUCCACUGAAAGAGAAAGUGAAGGGGAUGUUGAAAGCUUCUACAGCUGAUCCAAUGGAGAACGUCAAAUUCAUAGACACACUACUCCGCCUUGGUGUGUCAUAUCACUUUGAGAAUGAAAUUGAAAUGCAAUUGGAAAGGAUUUUCAAUUCCCAAGAAAAUCUUUUCGUCAAAAAUGACUAUGACUUGAACUCUACUUCAAUUGCCUUUCGAGUUUCCCGACUACUUGGUUUCAAAAUGUCUUGUGGUAAGGAUAAGGACAAUGAUAAAUUUAAAAUAAAUGGAGUCAAACUGCUAGCAUUAGGGUUUUGAUCACAUAAAGUAUGAUACAAAGUGUCUGCU